AUGAGUGUGUUACUCGAGACAUCCCUUGGCGACUUGGUCAUCGACCUGCUUGUUGAUGUCGCCCCCAAAGCUUGCGAGAACUUCCUAAAGCUAUGCAAAGUCAAGUACUACAAUUUUUCCCCGGUGCACAGCGUGCAGAAGAAUUUCACUUUCCAAACCGGUGACCCAAUCGGCCCCGGCUCGCCCGAUAGCGAUGGAGGAUCUUCAAUAUGGGGGUUACUAAAGGGCCGUACGCAUAAGACCUUCGCCGUUGAUAUGCCCCCCAAAUUGAAACAUACGGAACGAGGCACAGUGAGCAUGGCAACUGUGCCGUCACCAAAAGAUCCCGACGAGCGCCUGGCCGGAAGUCAAUUCAUCGUGACGUUAGGCGACAACCUCGAUUAUCUAGAUGGCAAAGCAGCAAUAUUUGGCAAGGUAGUGGAAGGGUUUGAUGUCUUGGAAAAGAUCAAUGAAGUUUUCAUCGACGACAAUGGGCGACCUUUGAAGGAUAUUCGUAUCCGACAUACGGUCGUUUUGGAUGACCCUUACGAUGAUCCACCUGGCUUAGAAGUCCCUCCCGAAAGCCCUCUUCCUUCAAAGGCUCAAUUGGCUACAGUGAGAAUCGCUGAUGAUGAAGAACUGGACGAGAAUAUAGAUGAAGAAGCUAUGGAAAAGCUUCGGCGCGAGCGUGAAGCUCGGGCGCAAGCUCUUACCCUCGAGAUGGUAGGCGAUCUUCCGUUUGCUGAGGUCAAACCGCCGGAAAAUGUGCUCUUCGUCUGCAAGCUCAAUCCCGUUACACAAGAUGAGGAUCUCCACCUUAUAUUUAGCCGAUUCGGACCCAUACUUUCGUGUGAGGUCAUUCGUGACAAAAGGACGGGAGACAGCUUGCAGUAUGCCUUUAUUGAGUUUGAAAAUCAAAAAGACUGCGAACAAGCCUACUUCAAGAUGGAAGGCGUCCUUAUUGAUGAUCACCGUAUACAUGUGGAUUUCUCUCAAAGUGUCUCCAAGCUCUCAGAUACAUGGCGGCAAGCUACCGUUCAAAAACGGCAAGGAGGAGGGUUUGGUGGCAUAUCGAGUCUGGAGCGGAAACGCCAGUACCGCACAGCUGAGGACCGUGGGCGUCCUGACCGGUACGGCAUGGUUUUCGAUAAAGACGAGAUGCGCCGUCCGCCUCCAAGUCGCGACGAGAAGCCCCUGCGGCGGUCACACAGCCGCAGUCGCAGCCCUAAGAUAAGAGGCCCUGCUCCAAGACGUUUCGAUGACCAGCAUCGAGAUGAUCGCUACAGAGACGGCCGGAACCGGGAUCGAGACCGAGACCGAGAUCGGGAUAGGAAUCGCAACCGGGACAGAUAUACUCCAGAUAGAAGAGAUUACGACAGACGACGAUAA